UUCUUUCAAAUCGGGUUGGGGGAGAGUAACAUCAAGAUAGAACAGACCCGAAAAUAACAUCUGUAAAAAGAAAGACCCCCCCUUCCUAGCAACCGUUUAUACCUGGAACCGGUCAGUAACAACACCCAGCAUGCCACAGAAUGAACACAUUGAGUUACACCGCAAGCGGCACGGUUAUCGCCUGGACUACCAUGAGAAGAAGAGGAAGAAGGAGAGCCGUGAGGCUCACGAGCGCUCGCACAAAGCCAGGAAGAUGAUCGGUCUGAAGGCCAAACUGUACCACAAACAGCGCCAUUCCGAAAAGAUCCAGAUGAAGAAGACCAUCAAGAUGCACGAACAGAGAAACACCAAGCAGAAGAAAGAUGAGAAGACUCCUGAGGGAGCAGUGCCAGCGUACCUGCUGGACAGAGAGGGCCAGUCCCGUGCCAAGGUCCUCUCCAACAUGAUCAAACAGAAGAGGAAAGAAAAGGCUGGUAAAUGGGAAGUCCCUCUGCCUAAAGUUCGCGCUCAGGGUGAGACCGAGGUCUUGAAGGUAAUCCGCACAGGGAAGAGACAGAAGAAAGCCUGGAAGAGAAUGGUCACCAAAGUCUGCUUUGUGGGCGAAGGAUUCACUCGCAAGCCUCCCAAGUAUGAAAGAUUCAUCAGACCUAUGGGUUUACGUUUCAAGAAAGCACACGUCACACACCCAGAACUGAAAGCCACAUUCUGCCUGCCAAUUCUAGGGGUGAAGAAGAACCCCUCCUCCCCUCUGUACACAACCCUGGGGGUAAUAACCAAAGGAACAGUCAUUGAGGUCAACGUCAGCGAACUGGGCCUGGUCACUCAGGGAGGCAAAGUGAUUUGGGGUAAAUAUGCCCAAGUUACUAAUAACCCUGAAAAUGAUGGAUGCAUUAAUGCAGUUUUGCUUGUAUAAGAACACUCUGCCUUUAAGAACUGUGCCACAUGUGCAGGGAUCAGGACUUGAAAUAAAUACCCCAACAAAGAUCUGGAGGGUCAGAAUGGGUUUUUUGGGUGAAGAAGAUUGACAUCAUCCCUUUGGGAUGCAGUGACUGGGACAUCCCAUACAAUGGGUCUGAAUGACUAUUAUAUUGGUGACUGGAUCGCUAUCAUAUUGGUGACCGUUUCACAGUGAUUUGUACUGUGUUCAUAGCAACAUUUAAUAAAAUAUAACACUGUUCA